GACCAAUUUAUGAAAGACGAUGAACGAUGGUACCGCUGGAUAAUACUGAGACGAUGACAGGAAAUGGUGAACCAUCGAAAGGUCGCAGUACUCAAUCCGUGACUAAACGCAUGACAUUGAGAUCGUUAUGAAGGAUGGUAGAAUGCAGUAACACCUCCAAAGAAUUUUACCUGGGUGCGAGCUGGAUGUCGACUUGAUCGUUCAAAUUGCGGCUCAUGCCCUUUAGGGGCCUGUUACACGUUGUGUCAGAAUCAACCUCGGAAGCAUGCUACUAAGAACGCUGUGACACUGAGGAUAUCAUAAACAACACCCAAAACUCAAUAAUGGAUGUCGGUUGUCUUGAGGAAGAGGAGAGAAAGAGGCUUGCCCUGGCUAGGGCCUUGGCCAAUCACAAACUAGCCGUUGAACCCCGCUAAGCACCCCACGCGACUGCCAAAAGUUCGCGACGCUGUUUCUCGCUGUGAGACAUUCAGCCAUGGCGACUUCAACUAGCCUAGAGCAGCUUCUCACUGAGCUGCUCUCAAUUUGGCACACUUAUAGAGUGCCACUUCUCGUCGCCACGGUCGCCCUUGCUCUGAUUGUGCGCUUGACGAGCCAAUCUCGCAAUGCUCGAGAGAAAGUGUCUGUCUCACCGGCGCCGGCUUCGCCUAUUGAGGAGAAGAAGACUGUUGAACUCAGGCCUGAAUGGCUUCCCGAGAACACCACUAUCAUCACACCCGCGCUGAAUGUGGACAACCAUGCGGAAGACGAUACGAAUGUCGUAGCAGCAGUGCCCAAAGUAAAGAAGGGACCCAAGACUGUCAAGGGCAGGAAGACACCAAAGAAGGUCGCGAAGCCAAUCAUCGACUACAACCACACCACAGACAAGAUUCAGCCUUUGGUCUUCUUCCAGUCGGUUACCGGUACUACCGAGAGACGUGCUACUCAAGUCGCGGAACUCCUGACCUCGUGGACAACUGGCUGCGAUCAGUCUGCUUCCUUUCUACAGCCUCAGCUUCUCGAUCUCUCGAACAUCGACUACGACGACUACUUCAUCAACGCACCGAAAGCUGAAGUGAAUACGAAGUUCUUCUACCUGAUCCUCGCACCAACCUACAACAUCGACACACUGCUAGAUGCGUUCAUCGAGAACCUCAGCGAGACACACAAUGACUUCAGAAUCGACACGGCAUCGUUGAGCGGUCUUCUCGGAUACUCAGUGUUCGGUUUUGGAGACAGGGAGGGAUGGCCAUCAGAAGAGGAGGGUUUCUGCACACAGGCAAAGGAAGUCGACAAAUGGAUGGCUAGGCUGACUGGCAGGAAGAGAGCAUACCCCCUUGGUAUGGGAGACGUGAAGAGUGAUGCUGAGGACCGUUUGACAGAGUGGCGCCUCGGUGUCCAGGAAGCGCUCGUGGAGAUCGCUGAGGGCCGGGGCCUGGGCGAGGGCGUGCUCGGCAGUGGUGACGCUGUUGAGAGUGAUGAAGAAGAAGUGGACGACGAUGACAGUGGCGAAGACACACCGCGCGUGGACGAUGUUGAGGACCUGGGUGGAAUGGCCAACGGCACCGCAGCACCCAUUCCGGUCGACUUCACGAACUACAAGGGCAGAUCCAAGGUCAAUGCUCCCAGUGCGCCGAAGCAAAUGGUUCCCACCACCUCUCCUACGCACGCGGCACUUACGAAGCAAGGAUACUCCAUCAUCGGCAGCCACAGCGGUGUGAAGAUCUGCCGUUGGACCAAAUCGGCGCUACGAGGACGCGGCUCGUGCUACAAAUACUCGUUCUACGGCAUUGCAUCGCAUCUUUGCAUGGAAGCCACACCUUCGUUGUCAUGUUCAAACAAAUGCGUCUUCUGCUGGCGGCACGGCACGAACCCUGUAGGCACGACCUGGCGAUGGGUGACAGAUGCGCCUGAUGUCAUCUUCGACGGUAUUACCGCGGCACACUACAAGAAGAUAAAGAUGAUGAAGGGUGUGCCAGGUGUGCGGGCGGAGCGUUUCGCAGAAGCUAUGCGCAUUCGACACUGCGCCCUCUCGCUUGUUGGAGAGCCCAUCUUCUACCCGCACAUCAAUGACUUGUUGCGCUUGAUGCACAAGAACCGCAUCUCCACAUUCAUGGUUUGUAACGCACAGCACCCUGCACAGCUGGCGUCACUCAUCCCUGUCACUCAACUGUACGUUUCGAUCGACGCAUCGAACAAGGAGUCAUUGCGCAAGGUUGAUCGACCGCUGCACCGCGACUUCUGGGAGCGAUUCCAAGCUUGCCUCGACAUCCUUCGAACUAGACGAUUCGAGCAGCGCACAGUCUUCCGCCUGACUCUCGUCAAAGGCUUCAACAUGGAGGAAGAAGUCAAGGGAUAUGCCGACCUCGUUGAACGGGCACUCCCGUGCUUUGUCGAAGUCAAGGGUGUGACGUACUGCGGUACCAGUGCUGCGGGAACAGCCGGGCUCACGAUGCAGAACGUGCCUUUCUACGAGGAAGUAGCCGAGUUUGUACAGCUUCUUGAGCAAGAGCUGAACUCGCGUGGGCUGUACUACGGUAUUGGAGCUGAGCACGCACACUCAUGCUGCAUUCUGCUCGCGGACAGUAAUCGGUUCAAGCGCAACGGCAAGUGGGCUACAAGGAUUGACUUUGAGAGAUUCUUCGACCUGUAUGAAGGCAAGGUCGAGGGCACGAGGAUGGAGGAGGGCAAGGUAGUGGGAUGGAGGCCAGAGGACUACAUUGGCCCAGACACACCUGAGUGGGCACUUUGGGGCAACAAAGGCUUCGACCCAAGGGAUCAAAGAGUCGAUCGUAAAGGCAGGCCUAAGACUGAGGAGGAAGCAAGAGCAAGUCCUAUGCAGAAGGCUGCUUUGCGACAAGCAGCUCUGGAGUUUUGAU